UAUUUGCUUUUGGACCCAUCCAUGUCGCAGCAGACCCUCUUCCAUAUUGCCGCUGGCUCGUACGAUCGCACGCUGUACGGCUUUGACUGCGUUGCCGUCCCCGCGUCGUCCGUCUCGCUCGUCGCCCCAGCCGACACUCCGUUCUCGGCACCUGGUGUCUCCAGCAGCAGCAGCAGCAGCAGCAGCAGUAACAGCAGCAGCAACGCUUCAGCACCCUCUGGACCAGUCAGCCUCAAGUCGCUCGAUGGCAUUGCGCUUCAACUGGUCGCCAAGUACGUCUACCCUGCGCACACUGGAUGCAUCAAAGCCGUCGCGCUCGGUGGUGGCCGACUGCUCGCCACUGGCAGCACUGACGAAACAAUCAAAUUGUAUGACAUUGAUCGCAAGAAGGAACUCGGCUUCAUGAUCAAGCACGAAGGAUCUAUCACCGCACUCGAGUUUGUCAAGGACUCGCAUCUGCUCAGUGCCAGCGAUGACGGCGCUGUCUGCAUUUGGCGUACCAAGGAUUGGGAGUGUCUGCGAAUGAUGAAGGGCCAUCAAGGCCCGAUCAACGCUAUUGCAGUUCAUCCCACAGGCGCUUUGGCUCUUACUGUCUCCAAAGACAAGCACAUGCGGACCUGGAACUUGCUCAAGGGCCGUUGCGCGUUUGUGACCAAUCUCAAGGCCGAGUUUGAUCUCGUCAAGUGGGCGCCCGAUGGCGAUCGGUACAUGUUGAUCACUAAUAAGACCGUCGCUUUGUACCGCGUGGAGGACGGCGAGCAAGUUUUGAAAAUUGAGUGCAAGCGUCGGAUUCUCGCUGCUUGCUUUAUUGAUAACGACCAUUUGGCAGUCGGCGGCGAAGAGGAUGCCAUUUCCAUCCUCUCUUUGCGGGAUGGCAAGGUUCUUCAAACAAUCAAGGGACACAGCAACCGUGUCCGCGGGCUGACCGUGCUGCCCCACCCGAGCAACGCCACUUCGGUCCUCCUUGUCAGUGCCAGCUCUGACUGCUUUAUCAAGGUCUGGAACGUGGAUCCGGCAGCCAAGAACGUGCACCAAACGGCAAAGGACUGCCUUGUGCAAGAGUACACGGGAGGCCGGCUAACCUGCCUCGCCACCACCGUCCCGGCCACCCAUGCAGAAAAGACUACAACGGCUGCCGCCGAUAAGCAAGUCAAGCGCGAUGAGAGGCGCCAGCUGCACGAGGCCAUCGCCGACGGCAAGACCAAAGCACGCGCAAAAGUUCGCGCCACCGAGGCAGAGACGAUUGCUCGCGCGCAAGAAAAGCGCAAGCAGCAAAUCGAGCACGCCGCUGCCGUUGCGUUGGAGCAGGCCGAUCAGGAUGAAUCUGACAACGAGGAGGAUGAGCUCGAUGCUGAAGACCAGGAAGACGAUCAGGACGAUGAGGAGGAAGAUGACAGCGAGGAGGAGCACUUCCAGGACGCUCCGGAAGAGGAUGACGACGAGGAUGACGCCGAAGAGGAUGAUGACGAACAAGAGGACGACGAAGACAAAGACGAAUCCGAGGAGGAAGCGGUUGCGGCCAAAUUGCCUCCCAAGAACGCCAAAGCCAAGUUUGCGCCCGUUCCCAGUCGUCCGCUGCAAAAACAAACCCAAUCGGGCCCAGCAGCUGCACCUCGUGACAAGCGUCGCGCUGAUGAUGACGCUGCCACUGAAAAGAGCGCAGGCAAGCGUGUCCGAAUUGCUGCAGAGCCCGUCCACGCUGGCAAGCAACAAAGCAACAAGCAGAAUGGUCGCCGCCCGCGAAAGCACUGAGGUGGAAUUUGUUUGCUUGUCGUCGGGAGUUUUGUUUGGUCAUUAUUUCGGGUACUAUUACACGUGUGCUACAAGAAUUACAUCUUGAAAAAAAAUGCAAGCGGAAAGAAAAGGAGUUUGGAUAAAC